AUGCAGCAGCAACGCUACAGUUAUUAUAUUAGCGUUGCCCCGUACCUCGAGAAGAUCCGACAAAAGAAGGUACAGUUCGUGUCGGAGAUCAAGGUAUUUGCAAAUUCUACACCAUGGGCAAGUGCCGUUUUGGAGAAAGAUGUCACAAUUUACAUGAAGGACCCACGACCGCAAAUACUGAGAACAGUCCUACUAACGGAAAUUCAAAACAAGAUGACGCAACAAGUUCCACGGACUGUCGAGUCAAAAAUUCCUGAUCAUAAAACGGAAUGUUCGGGAACAAAAGCAGGCAUGCGAACGGCAAUCGACGUCAUAUCUCGCAUCCGCUGGGACCCAAUUUUCGAGGAACGCAUUGGAAUGGUGACAGUAGGGUAUAAGGAUAGAUUUUUCGGCACAUUAGAAAGGUCUUUCGGAAUGUUUAAUUGGGACGAAGAGCUGAGUGCAGUUGACGACGACGAUUUCGCAAUUCCGCAGCACAGGAUACUCAAUUUCAAGUACAGAGACGAAAUCAUCUGGGACAAAAAUUCUAGAACGGAUUCGGUAUUCUUCAGCACCAACGGCUCAUCAAAAAGCACUCUAGAAGAGGUUUUGCAUGAAAUCGAUCUGCAGAAAGAUUUGCAACUAGAGAAACUUCAUGAGAUGGGAGGAUUUGGUUAUUCCAAAGAAAUCGACGAGUGGGAUGAGGACGAUGGCCCUGGACCAGCAAUUGUGACUGGAACAGGUUUUGGUCAAGACAUUAGAGAAAAGCUCAUGGAACAACAAUUGGAAGAUCGGUCAACUCAUUUCAUUGCCCUGCGAAUAACAGAGCAGGAUAUUGUUGAAAAGGCUAUGAUGGUGCAGCAAAACGCUUUACGAAUGGAACCUAUUCUGGAAGAAUGUUGCAUGAAGGAAAAGCUGUUCCACAUAACUUUCUGCAUGUUACGGCUGGAGGGCUACAAUGCUAUCACAAAAGCCUGUCAGAUACUAUUCAUAAAAAAACGAUUCGUCCCCGUGCAUGGCAAUAUCCUCGUGCUGAACUCCUUGCCACCCGCGGUUAUUGCGAAUGCGCUAUUUGCCAUGCCUCGGGACCGGCUUGUAAAUAAGCGAUGA